ACAGAUGUCGUCCGUACUUUAUCUGUCUCAUGGGCGACAGGUUUGGAUGGUGUCAAACAGAGGACAAACCAGAUGAAGUUCUGAAUAUGUCAUAUGAUUAUGCAAUUGAAAACAAUCCAAAACUGAAAUGGAUCGAUAAAUUUAGAUAUGAUACAAGUGUUACUCAAUUAGAGGUGUUUCAUGGAGUUUUGAACGAUCCAGAUAUGGUGAAAAAUAAGUGUUUCUUUUAUCUUCGAGACACUCCUUCAAAGGAAGAUUUUACAGAGAAAGAUUAUAAGCACCUAAUAUCUGAAUCGGACUGGCAUCGUGAACAUCAAGAGAUGUUGAAAGAUCAAGUGACUAAGCACAAAGAUUUAAAUGUGAGAACAUUCAAAAAACCAUUGGAAGUGUCUGAAUAUAUUAAAAAGGAUUUAAAAAAAUGCCUUGAUGAUGAUUUUCCAAAAGGUACAGAGCUUACCAAACUUGAACAGCAGAGAGAAGCACAUGCAGCAUUUUCAUCAGCAAGAUGUAGAGUUUAUAUUGGAAGUCAAGAUUACUUUACGGAAAUCAACAGCUAUAGAAGUCAAAAUCUAACCCAACCUUUUGUACUACUUGGAGAAUCUGGUUGUGGUAAAUCUGCUCUGGUUGCUAACUGGGUGAAGCAGGUUGAAGUAGCAGAACCGACAACAUUCAUGUUUGUUCAUUUUAUUGGCAGUUCUGCUGACAGUGCAGAUUACAUUAAGUUGAUAAGACGGCUAUUUGAAGAAAUAAAAGUUUUCUUCAACUUUGACCAGGAGAUUCCGUCAUCUGAUUCUAUCCUUAUUCAUGAGAUUGGCAAGUGGCUUAGAAUGGCUGGGUCAUUGACAAAAGUUGUCAUUGUAUUUGAUGCUUUAAAUCAGCUUGACUCUGGCGAAGGAGAGUUAGAGGGAACAGAGCAUGAUCUAGAUUGGAUACCGUCAGAAAUACCACCAAAUGUUUUUAUUAUAAUGUCAACACUUCCAGGAAGGGCAAUGACAGCGUGCGAUCAAGCUGGAUGGCCAAGUAUGAAAGUACAACCACUACAAGACUCACAAAAGAUGCAGAUUCUUACUGAAUACCUGGAAGGAAUUUAUGGUAAAACUCUGAACCAACAACAAAAGGAAAUGAUUGUUACCGUUAAACAAACAUCAAAUCCUUUAUAUUUAAAAUCGCUACUAGACGAGGUGCGAAUGUAUGGGUCAUUUCGAACACUCACAGUAAAAAUCCAAGAGUAUUUGUCUGCAGAUACUCCGCAAGACUUGUUCGCGAAAAUUUUAGACAGACUCGAGGAAGAUUUUGAGCAGGGAGAUAGUGCAAGGACCCACCUUGUACGUGAUACAACAACUGCUUUAUGGUGCGGAAAUAAGGGAAUGUCAGAGUCCGAAAUAGUUGAGCUCUUGGACGUUACAAGUGCUGUAUGGUCACCUUUCUAUCUAUCACUUUAUGAAAAUCUGGUAAAUCGGAAUGGAUUGCUGAAUUUCUUUCAUGACCAUCUUAGACGAGCCGUCGAAAAAAAGUACUUGUCUGAUGCUGAAGCUAAACGGAAUGGCUACCUACGUCUUGCCAAUUUCUUUGUUUCAAAGGAAACAAGUAACAGGACAGUUGAAGAGCUACCGUUCCUUUUAACCAGAGCCAAUGAGUUAGACAGACUUAAAACUACAGUGUCGGAUCUAGAUGUUUUCUAUAGGCUUUCAGACAAUGAAGAUGGUAUCUUCGAGUUAGUCAAAGCAUGGAAGACGCUUGGUGGAUUUUCACUGUCGGGAGAGGCAUACAUGUCUGCAUUAGCAAAGGUUCCGAAGAGUGUUAUAUUGGAAAAUGUCCCUUAUUACUGCAAACUGUACAGAAAUCUUGGAAAGUUUUUCCUAAAACUGGGAUUAAUGGAAGCAGCUAAGACAGUAUACGAGACUCUAAUAAAGCAACUGGAGAUGAACUUCGGGGAAUCACUUGGAACUAUUGUAUAUGAUGCAUUUGGUCAGAGUUGGGAAUAUCGCUGUAAACAUCCUGAUGUCAUUACGGGAUUACAUGAUCUAGGAACUGUAUAUCGUCAACUUGGAGAAUAUGAUAAAGCUGUUUCAGUGUAUAAUGAUGCUAUUAAUCGACAAAAUAGAAUUCGGUCGCCAAGUCAAAAACUGAAGUUGUGUGAAGGACUCAUUGGCUUGUCCACCGUUUACAUUCACAAGGAAGACAUGUUUGAAGCUAAGAUAUUAAUGACAAGAGCUUUGGAACUUGCAACCUUUGUCCUUGGAAAGAAGCAUCAUUUUGUAGCUGCUAUUUUGACAAAGCUUGGACAGUUGUCUUACAAACAAGGUCGUGUAGAGGAGGCACUUGCCUUUUACAUGCAGGAUUUGAAGGUUACGAGAAGUGAAGUUGGUACCAAUCAUCCACGCACGGCUGUUGUAUUAAAUGAGAUCGGACUGGUAUAUGAUGAUAAGUCUGACGUCAUGGCAGGGCAAUUGUAUGAAGCCGCUUUGUCCAUAAUUCUAGAAACAUACGGCAAUAACUAUUUAGGAACAGGAUCCAUACGGUACAAUCUAGGAGCUUUCUACUUUGGAACCAACCAUUUUGAGAAGGCAAGAUUUCAGUUUACAGAGUCGUACAAGAUACUUAAUAUGUUCCUAGGAGAUAAUCAUCCAGAUACAAAGGCUUCGAAAGAGGCACUAAAUACUGUGUCAGCAAUGACAAAAACGAAAUAGUAUUGGAUGCGAUUUACAUGACAUUGUAAACAGUUGUAUAACAAUUAAUGGGAAAGGAAUACCGGUAUGACAGUUUUUGAAUGUUGAUAACUAACAUGAUACCAAAUUUUAAUUCAACAUAGUAUUUUAUCAUUUAGACAAUUCAAAUGACAGAAAUAGUAUUCCAGUUUCUCUCUACCUACUCAAUAUUUGUCAAAAAAAAAACGCAAAAAAGGGUAUUGUCAUCAUUCAAGUGCAAUAAUUCCUUUAAGAAGUUUUGAAUUUAGGUAAAAAGUGAAUCUGAAUAAUAAUGAAGAAAACAUAAUGGUAUUUCAUGCCUCACUGGGAAUAUUUGUCAAGUCUUUGAUUUGAUAAAGAUUUAAAAAACAAGCAUUAUAUUACUCUAAGUGAUAAUUAAUUUAAGCAAAUACAGUGUGGAAUUUACUAUAAACGGAUCUACGAAAUCAUAUUUUUUUUGUGUUUUUGUGUCUGUGUAAAUUGAUGAAAUCGGGAAUGCAAUUUAAAUACUCAACCAUGUACAUGAUGUAGCAUUUCUAAAGCUGUUUUUUCCAUAAAAAUUUCAGUUCACUUUAGUUUAUAAUAUUUCUAUUCAUAUCAUUACUAUAGCUUCAAUUAACUACUGUUUAAAAAUGCGUGAAGAAUGACUACUAUUUCUAUGAGGGUCUGGAUAGUGGAUGGUCUACAUUUAUCUGUAUUAUUUGCAUUUUUAUACCAUUUUUUUCAGUUCUUUAUUCAUUUUGCUAAAUAAUCACUAUUCAUUAAAAUUUAAUACCCAAUUAUUCUCUCUUCUUUAUAAUUUUGGUCCAUUUUUCUCUAUUCCUUAUUUUUGUUGCCCAUUAUUCUGUAUGUUUUACCCUUUUUUUCUCUGUAUUGAAACCCCAUUCCCCCAUCCAGACCCUCUUAUAUAGUAUAAACAAAUGUGGGAUAAAACGAAAAUCGCACAAGACUGAAGCUUUCAAAAGGCCAAAACAAUAAACAUUUCUUUUUAUUGAAAAAAGAUAUUUUACAUAGAGCGUUGAUGUUAUGCUACGUACAUGUUAACAUUUAUGUUUUUUCUUACUGUAGUUUUAAAUAACAUUAUUGCAAAAACUAAACAGUAUAAUAUGGCAAUACAAAAUUGAUGUGAUGGUAACAUAACAAUGUGAUGGUGAGAGAUCAGAACAUUCGCAGAAGAAGCUUUUUGAUAAAAUAGUUUCCCUGAAAUUAUGGUCACAUAAACGUAAAGCUAUGUACAUAUGUUCAUUGUGAAGUGAACAUUUGAAACUAUAUGAGUACGAGUUUGGCGCACAUUUUAUGGUCACAGAACAUGGACAUAAGAUGUUAUAUGGACACAUCUUCUCUCUGUUCACUUGAUAAUCAUAUGAGAUAAAGCAAACUUAGAUGCAACCAUUUAGGCAGUUAAAAUUAGAUGCUUUGAAAGAAACAUGUUUAAAUUGAUGCAAUAUCGACAAAAAUAUUUAGUAUUAUUACAUUUUUUUAUUAGUUAACUAGUGUUUACUGUUAUUAUAAUUUUUAUACAACUUUAUUUUUGUAAUAAUGAAGCAAGUUUCCUACAUUUACUACUGGAAAAGCUACCAAAUAUCCUACAUGUAUAUAAUUACAUUUACUUUUGAUGUUAAUCUCGAGUGUUUUAAUAUGUUGCAUAAUAUGAUAUACAUUUUAAAUUUUGUUUGAAGUGUUCCAUUAGUUGUUAGGCUUUCUUAUGAAAGUUUUCGUUCUCACAGUGAAUACUAUUAUAUAGUCAUGAUCUUUAAUGUUUACGAUGGUGACGGCAUAAAGCGUAUGGGUCCUCUUGUCCUUUAUUUUAUAUAAGGGUGAUCGCAUCAGUGGACAAAUAUAUGGAUAAAAGCAAAAUUCACUGAUCAACUUUACAUUUUAGGCAUUGAGUACUGCAUAAAGUUAAAGACCUUGCAUGCAAACAAAAGACAUGAUUUUUUUCUCGUAACAUGUCUUUAAUAAUAUCGACGAUUUAUGUAUAAAUUGUAUGUCCCUUUUACUUAUACUUUAUAAUUGAGAUUCAUAACUUUUGAUUUGCAAUAUUGCUGUGUGAACCUAAUAAGUAACGAAUUGAUUAAAAUAUUAUUGUGCUUAUGGUACAUGUGGUAUGCUCCAUAAUUAAAAAAAUGAUUAUAUACUUUAGUGAAUUUAAUAUGUGAUUAUCAUUACUUUGUAUCCUUUGUCAUUUGCGUUAUAUGUUGGAAUGUGAAUAUCGUUUUAGUGAAUUUUGCAAGAGAGUUCCUUUCAGAACUUGAUUUGUGAAAAUUAUUUUGUUUUGUAUCUGCAUUAAAAUUGGUACCGGCAUGAGCAUAAGGAUAUUGUUUUAAUGACAUUUUCUGUUAUAAACUUUUGGAAAUUAUACUAAGUUUAGAGAUAUAUCUCUAUAGCUCUGACACCUUGUCUGAAUUUGGAUACUACAUUUAGUCCCAUUUGGUGUUAUCGGCUAUUCAGCGUUUGUUUUAAGUUUUGAAUUUUCUAAUAUGUUGGCCUCUAGCAUCACUGGAGAGACAUUAGUUGUCGAAAUGCGCAAUGCUGUAAAACUGGUCCCGAAAUUGUUAAUGUACAUGUACAUGGAAACCUGUGACAAACUGGUUAACAUAUUUCAAAAAUGUAUUGAUGGGAUUGAUUCGCGAACAGGCCUUUUUAAACUAUGAGUGUUUUGCUUAUUUCAAGAUGGUGCCGACUUAUUAUCAAUAAUAUGAUUUAAUAGAGUUGUUGGGGUAUGCACCAGACAGGCAAAAAAGCAGGUUAAUUACACCAGGUUUUCUACAAUAGUUAAUUGUCUAUACCAUUUUAUAUUCUGAAGAGACCCUGGUCUAGACUUUAAACAUACAAUCAUUGAUAUGCCAUCAUGAAAAUUGUGAAAUGUUUCAGUGCUCUGCACGUAGAUUGCAAGUGUAGCGGUACGCAUAUAUUAGAGUCUAAUAUUUUUGUAUUAUUUUUUACUACUACGCAAUGAUACUUAUACUUAUACUUAUAUUUAUAUAUUUUAUUGUAUUAAUGAAUUAUAAGAUAUAGGUUUGUUUAUAUGGUGUUUUUUUUAUUUAGUAUUCUCUUGUUUCUGUAUUGUUUCAAUAAAUACUCUACCGAU